GGUAUACUGUUGCAACCCUUGAAAGCAUGGCCCUGCCCUCUCUUUGUCUCUCCUCCCUCCCGCUCUUGUACUCAGUCUGCCUGCACACAGUCACACCCUCUCUGUUCACUUCAAUUUUCCUUUUGCUUGAGCUGUGUGUCUCGAGAAAAGCUAUGGCUGGACCCAGGCCUGUGGUGCUCAGCGGCCCGUCCGGGGCAGGGAAGAGCACUCUGCUGAAGAUGCUCAUGGAAGAAUAUCAGAGUGUCUUUGGCUUCAGCGUCUCCCAUACAACAAGAAAUCCUCGACCUGGAGAAGUGGAUGGCAAAGAUUACCAUUAUGUCACGCGCGAGGUGAUGCAAACAGGAAUUGACAACAACGAAUUCAUUGAGAGCGCAGAGUUUUCAGGGAACAUGUACGGGACGAGUAAAGCUGCUGUACAAGACGUCCAGGCCAAGAACCUUAUCUGUAUACUUGACAUUGACAUGCAAGGUGUGAGGAACAUCAAAAGGACAGACCUCAGUCCCAUCUACAUCUCUAUCCAGCCACCGUCCAUGGCUAUCCUGGAGAAUCGUUUAAGACUCCGAAAAACAGAGUCAGAGGAGAGCCUCCAGAGGCGUUUACAUGCAGCUAAAGUGGACAUGGAGUUAAGUAAAGAACCUGGCAUGUUUGAUGUCGUAAUUAUCAAUGAUAAUUUGGAUGAAGCUUAUGGGCACUUAAAAAAUGCUCUUCUUGAGGUGAGUUAUUAUUGCAGUCCAUGACAUUAGAUAAUUAACAUGCAUUACAGCAUUGUUUAUGAUGCACUGAUUUGAGCAUCAACAAAUCA